CGAUCCAAAUCUCGAACCUAAAGCUUAUUUUCACUUUUACGGAACAGUUUGCAAUUUUUCAAUAUAAAGUCUCAGGUCGUUGAGAGAAGUCUCUGCCUAACACUUCACGUCUCCUAAAUCCACUGUUUGCUCGAUAUUCUGUUUUUGGGAAGGUCUGUCUCGCUUUAACUGCUCUGUAGAAUGAUGUGGAUUGCUGAAAAAGACUGCACAUUUCACAAAAGUCGCCUGAAGGGCUAGUAACGACGGCAUCAUGGAUCUGGAUGAACCGGAGACUAUGGGAUGGAAUGAGUACCCUGACGAAAGCUCAGGAUCAGCAUAUGAGAUCUCAGACGAUGAGGAAUCACAUGAUGAAGAUGAUGAAGAACUUCCAGCUUUGAGAGGAGGAUCUGAAAGAGGAAGGAAAGCAAUCAAGAGCCACAGCAAAAAAGACGGAAAGAACACGCCAAAUCUGGAAGUCAGAGAAGACGCCGCGGGAUGGGCUUCGAGCUUCCAGGCACCCAAAGCAGAGGACAUCAAGGCCCCUCGAAGACAGUCUCGCGGAGGAAAGAAGCGAAGGGCUCCUAAACUAGCAACAGAAAGUCGCAUCAAGCGUCUUAAGAGUUUCUAUAGCAACCAAUACCGGGAACUCUUGAACUGUGAAAUCCAAGAUGCAGCAUCAAGUGUGGCUGAUAGUGAUGGGCUCAAAGAGAGUCAGAUUGGAUCGUCAAUCUGGACAGCAGCCGAGAAAGGCAUCCUGUUCAAUGCUCUGCAGAGCCUGGGUAGAGACAACGUUCCGGGGAUUGCAGAACGUAUUGGGAGUAAAUCACAGCACCAAGUACAGGAGUACGUCAAUCUUAUGCUGGAAGGGGUCAUGAAGAGGAAAGAGAAAUACUAUCAAUUGGUCGCUCCCACGGAUUAUCCAACUGCUGUCGAGAUCAGCGAUGAGUGUUGUGCCAUUCUGGAACGAGCUGGUGAUGCUCUUGCCGCUCAUCAGGAGCUCGCGGAAGAGAAAGUAGAGAAGGCCAAAUGGGGCGAUACAUGGUUGAUCAACGAGGAUGUUGCUCUCCAAAUCGAAAAAAAGAGGAAGCAAUCAUCCGAUGAGGAAGAAAUGGAAGAAGUUUUACCAGCCGCCGUCCUUCUAAAUCUCAAUACAUGGAUGGAACUUGCAGAUCGAAUCUUCAUGAACCCAGGCUUCCCUCGGGAAGAAGAUAAUUGGCAAGCCAUUGCCGAGCCCGGAGAAGAACCAGCAGUGAGAGCCACUGCAUUCGAAGAUUUCCAUUCUCUUGCCUACAAUGUCACGAAACGACUCGUGUCGACUGCCCUGUUCUGCUCAAUGUCUCGACAGCGAGCGAAAGGAUCCAACAAGGUCAAACAUGCAGAAGUUAACACAAACGAUGUGGAAGCAGCAGUCAAUAUCCUGGGUUUGAAAGCAGAUAGCCAUGAGUACUGGAUGGGAGUCGCCAAACGAUGUUCUUUACAGGUUAUCGACGAUGAUUACGAUGAGGCACUUGAUAUGACAUACAAAGAAGUUGAAAGGGCGCUACGAGAACGGCAUCCAAGAACCCGGUCUCGUUCUAUGAGUCGAGCUCGAAGUCAGAGUCGAGUUCGGAGUGAGCCUCCAGAGCGCAUUGCAGUCAAUUCCGAGAAAAGUCAGCAUACAGAUUCUGAAGACGACGAGGCACACACUGAUUCCGAAUCCGAAUCCGAACACGAAUCUAUCGUCCAGUCUGAAGAAGAGUUCAUGAGCAGCCCGCCACCCUCAGAUAGCAGUACAUCCGACUCUGAACCGACACCCGUAGCGGUCCACCCCAAGUCUCACCCCAAACCAAACAGCCCGACAAGGCAACAAAGCCCCGAAGGAGCGCAAGACGUACAUACCGAAGCACACGACAUGUACACCAGCCAAACAGAAGAAAUUCGUCUAUGGAAUCUCCUCGGACAGGUUCCUCCAUUUGACUUCACGUUAUCUCCUGUACAGGAGAAAGCACCCAAGUCUGUCAGAGAUGUAUUGGUGGACAGAGAGAAUUGGAGAGACUAUGUCGGGUAUCUUAAUGAAUGGGAGACUAUGGAUAGUCCAGUUCUGAGGGAGGAAUUCGAACGGAAUCGGAGGAAGUCUGAGAGGAAGGCGAGGAGGAAGGCGGCCAAGGCAUUAGAGGAAGAUAGUGGAGACGGAAGUAUUGAAUAUCAAGUCGGGGAAGAGGAUGCGCAGCAAGAUGGUAGCAACGAUGAGGUGGAAGUCCAGCACGAGCUGUUACAAGUUGAGAGUCCACGCCAGCACAGUCCUGAGUAUCAGUCUUCUGAUCCAGAAUCGGAGGCUUCUCACGGUGACGGCUCGGUGCGAUCAGAGAACGAGGAAAUGGAAGAAGAACAAAUCAGGUCAGAGUAGCUAUAUAAAAGAUCCAUUCCAACAGUUCUAAGUGACAC